UGGGAAGAAGGAUCCCUAUCACGACAUGGCGACGCAUUAUGCACACGGUAGCAUCGUGAUCACGAGUCGUGGAGAUGGCCGCUUCGCGAACGUGAUUUCAUUCGAUAAGAUCACAAUGAAGGAACGAGGUGUCAAGGCUGAACGCAUCACGAGGCAUGGAGAACCGUGCAGAGCGGGUUUUGUGCAGACAUUACUGGAGAUUCAGGAACUGGUCGACAAGGCCGAACGAAGGGCGCUAAUGGCCUCGCCACGAGACGAUGGUGGGGCUUCGAAACCGGGAGGAUCGUCAGCGUCCUCUAACUACAGCUCAAAGGAGUCGCCAACAAAACUGUCCUUACAUGAAUUGAACUCUGUUGCACUCCUAAGUUGGCGGGCCGUGCAGUUCAUAUUGGACCUGGGUGCAGGGAUCCAUCCAUCAGAGCGAGAGAUAGUGCUGCAGUUCUUCCUGGUGAAGCCCAGCAAAAACGGUUCCGAACAACCGGCACUGAGCACGCACAUCGAGUAUGAAACGCAUCGAAAGUUGGAGCGCAUGUUUAUGGUCAACAUUUAGUGUCCAUCUUUCUCGGCAUGUUGGUCCCCUUUUGCCUUGUAUUCUAAUGAAAUACAAGGGGAAGGGGGUCGAGAUGAGGGGACAACCCGGAUGCAAUCUAGCAGACUCUAACAUGUUUUCCGAGCAAACCAAGUUGUGGAUUGCUUUACGGUUCGAUACAAUUCAUUUCGAAGGGUCAUUUUCUUCGGUUUCCUUGCUUCUUAGGAUUCUGAGGAAAUGAAGGCAAGAAAUGAAUUGUUUUGAUCCCCCCUAAUUGCUCUGGCUCUGAUGGUCGAGCUGGAUACGCGAUUCGAAUCCUUACGCGCAGACAACGAGGCUUCUGGAAAGGGCUUUGUAUGUCGGGUGAACGAAAAACAGCAAGUGCUACUGCUCAGUCCUGAGCUCUCC